AUGAGCGAAUUGCUUAUUAGAUCAAAAAGUGGUAUAAAAUUGUAUAAAUUUGAUAAAAAUGAAAAUAAAUAUGAUAGUAAAAUAAUCUUCGAAUAUGACGGUUGUAUACAUGAUGCUAUUUGGUCUUAUGAUGGCAAUUCUUUUUUAAUUUUACAUUCAGUAGAAGGAUUAUUAUUAAUUACAAAUUAUAGUGAAGAGAAUAAAAAAAUUAAUAAAAUUACUUGCUUAAAUAAAUAUAAACAAUUAUUUGAUUAUGAUAAUAUAAAAUUAAUAAAACACGUACAAUGGUCGCCUAAUAAUAAAUUUAUUGUUUUCUUCUUCCCAUAUGAAGAAAAUAAACAUGUAAAACUAGGAAACUUAUUACUUUGGAAUGUUAAAGAUAAUAAUGUUUUAUGUUCUUUUAAAAUAAAAAAAAAAAGUUGUAGUAAUUGGCCUAUUAUUAACUUUACUGAUGACGACGGUUAUUUUUUUUUACAGAAAAAAUCAGAAGUAUAUGUUUAUGAUACAUUACAACUAAUACAAAAUGGAAAUAUUGAUAACUUAGAAAAUUCUGAUGUUCCUAUUAAUUAUAUUUAUUCAUGGAAUCAACCAAAUAUUAUAAGUAUAUAUUUAUCUUCAUAUAUUGAUGAAAAACAAUUUAGAUAUUUUGUUGCACACACAAAAAAUAAUUUUUUGGGAGAUAUAUAUAUUUACAAAAUAGGAGGAUUAAUUAAUAAAAAUCAAAAAAAAAAAAAAGAAAAUGAAACAAGUAUAAUUACGAAUACUACUAAUAUAAAAAUUGAAGGUAUAAAUGAUAAAAAUGAUGAGUCAAAUAAUGUAAAUGAAAAUAGUGUAAAUGAUGAUAAUACUAUAAAUAAUAAUAAUAAUAAUGGAGGUGAUAUAAAAAAUAAUUCAGAUGAAAAAAAUUCUUGUUUAAACAAAGAUAUAAUUAAAAUGGAAUUACUCAUAAGAAAAAGUUUUGAUAAUUUAGAUAAUUUAAAUUGCAUGUGGUCAGAAAGUGGAAAGCAUGUAAUAUUGCUAGUUCAUACAAAUGACACAACAAAUAAAUCUUACGGCUAUCUAAGUAAUUGUUAUUACUGUUCUUUGAUUUCAAAUAAUUUUUCUAUAAAAAGAAUAAAUGAAAAUAUAGCUCAAGAUGUGAAAUGGAGCAAAACAAAAGAUGAAUUUUUAAUAAUAGAAGGAAAAUCAGAUAAUACUAUUUAUUUAUAUGAUCAUGAAUUAAACAUUAAAUGUAAAUUUCUUUCUCAAUAUAAAAAUACAAUUAAAUGGUGUCCUUUUGGAAAUAUGAUAGCAUUAGGAGGAUUUGGAAAUUUAGCAGGAGAUAUUAAUUUUUAUUAUAAAGAAAAAGAUGAUUCUGUUAUUUUAAUAAAAGAAUAUAGGGAAGCUUGUACUGUUUUGUGCGAUUGGUCAAAUGACGGUUUAUUAUUUAUGACAGCAUCUACAUAUCCUAGAAUGAAAGUUGAAAACACUUUUAAAAUUUAUACAUAUGAAGGUAAUUUAGUAAAUAGUUUUAAUUUUAAUGAGCUAUAUGAUGUGAAAUGGAAGAAUUCUCUACCCGGGUUCUUUAAAGAACCAAUUAAACCUAAAGCCAAUCUAAAAGAUAAUAAAAAAAGUGUUUAUAAAAUUAAAAAUAUGAAUGUAGAUAAUAAUAGUAAUAAUGAUAUAUAUGAAGAAAAAAAUUUAAAAAAAAAUAGAAACGAAAGUGAAAAAGAAAAAACGAAAAUAAAAAAAAUUAUUACUUCAAGUACUACUACUACUAAUACUGCUGCUACUAAUACUGCUGCUACUAAUAUUUCUACUACUUCAGGGACUACAGCUACAACUAAUAAUGCUAAUAGAAAGAAAAAAAUAGAAAAAAACAAAAAUGCAUAUGAUUGGGAUGUUGAUUGGAGAAAUAAGAAUAACGAUUCAAAAAAUAAUAAUAAUAAAAAUAUAGUAGAAUAUAUAAAUGAAAAACAAAACAAUAACGAUACAAGUAAUAAUAAAAAUUUAGAUUAUUUAGUUGAUAAACUAUGUAAAGAAGAUUUUAAAAUUGAUGAUAAUUUUUAUACUAAAUUAUAUAAUUAUGAAGAAUUAGACAAUAAGGAUAAUAAAAAACAAAAUUAUUAUCAAGAUAAUAGCGAUAAUCUAGAAGAACAGAAAAAACAAAAAAAAAAAAAAAAAGAAAAAGAUAAAGAGUAUAUUAAACAAAAUUUUCAGUUAAAACAAAUGAUAAAUAAUUUUGAUGAAGAUGAAAUUAACGAAAAAUUUCUCCUUAAUAAUAUCAAUUUAGAUAAGGAUAAACUAAUUUAUUUCAAUUAUUUAAAAAAUAAAGAUAAAAAUAGAGAUGAAGAAAUUGAAAAAUUGAACAGUAUUUAUAUAAAGGAUAUAAAUAAAAGCAAUUAUUAUAAAAAAGUUGAAGAACAAGAAGAUAAAAAAGUAGAAUGUCGUAAAGAAGAAAAAAGUCAAGAGAAAAAAAUUAAAAUGAAAGAAAAAGAAAAUAAAAGUUCUGGAAAUAAUUUAACUGAUGAACAAGAUAAAGAAAAAGAAAAGGAACAAGAAAAAAAAAAAAAGAAAGAAAACAAAAAUAAAAAAGGAAAAAAAAAAAAAAAUGAUGAUGAUAGUAACAACAAUAAUAUUAAUAAUAAUAGCAAUAACAUAAAAAAUGACAGCAAUCAUAGUCAUAAUAAUAAUAACAGUAAUAAUGAUAAUAUUAAUAUUACUAAUAAUAAUAAUAAUAUUACUAAUAAUAAUAAUAAUAUUAAUAAUAAUAAUAAUAAUAAUGAUAGCAAUACUAAUAAUAGUAAUGAUAGCAAUACUAAUAAUAAUAAUGAUAAUAAUAUUAAUAUUAAUAAUAAUAAUAGCAUUAAUUUAGAAGAAACAAAAAAUAGAGAAGAGGAAAAUAUUAAUAAUGUAAAUGAAUUUUCCAAUUUAUUUUUAAAAAUAAUGAAAUAUAAGAAUGAAUUAAAUGCUAAGCAAGAAAUAAAAAAUAAUGUAUUGUAUAAUAAUAAUCCAAAUGAAAAUAAAUAUUUUAAAAAUCAUGAUAAAGAUAUUAUGAAUAAUGAAAAUUGUAAGUAUAUAUCUAAUAAUAAUGAUAAUGUAAAUUUUAAAAUAGAUAUGAAUUUAAAUAAAAUGGAUAAUGACAACAUUAAUUUAUCAAAUGUUGAUAAUUCUAUAUUAAAUUAUAAUAAAUUACAUGUUUUUUCCAGGAACAGUAACCCUGAUUAUAUAAAUCAUAAAGUUAUAGAUACACAAAACAAUAACAAAAAUAAUAAUAUGAAUGAUAAUGCAGUUAUUAAUAAUGAAGAAUUUAUAAAGCAUUUAUCAAUUAUUAAGAAUGAAAAAAUUAAUAUGAAUGAUAAAAGUAUAAUAAACCAAUUAAAUAAUAACAGUUUAUUAAAUCAUUUAAUUAAUAAUAAGCAAAUCUUAAAUAAUAAUUAUAUGAGAGAUUUAUUAGAUAAUACACAAAAGCAGUCAAUACAAAAUGAAAAUAUUGAAAUGAAUAAUGAUUUUAAUAUAUAUAAUUCUUCAAAAAGCAAUAUAUGUAAUAAUUUAAAUCAACAAAACAUAAAUGAAAUGAAAAAUGUAAAUAAUUCAAGAUCGCUAUUUUAUUCAGAAAGUAAUUUAAAAAAUAAAGAUUUAAAUAAUGAGCAUAUAAAAAAUGGAGUAACUUAUGAAAAAAAUAUAGUUGAUAAUGAUAAUAAAAACGAGAAUUUAAAAAAUAUAAUGAAUUAUCAAUCAAAUGAAGAUUUAUUAAAUUUAUUUAAAAAGGUUUUACCUCAUGCAAAAGUAAAUAUAGUAUCAAAAAAUCAAAACACAUCGAUGUAUGAUCAUAAUAAUUUACAAAAUGUAAACAGAAAUGUGCCAAGAAAUAUAGACAUGUAUAAUGAAUAUGUACAACAAAUGAAUUUUAAAAGAGAAUCAAUCGAUUCUAACUUUGAAAAAAAGAAAGAUAAUAAUAACGCUUCUAUUAACGAAAUGAAAACGGAAAUAAACGGUAUAAAUGAAUAUAAUAAAGAACAUUAUAUAAAGGAUUUGCUACUAAAACAAAAUAGAUUAAAUCAAAAUAAUGCAUAUUUAAAUAAUAAAGAAGAAAAAGUGCUAAAUAAAACAGAUAUUCCCUUAAAUUUAAAAAUCCAAUUAGAUAAUUUAGAUUUUUGUGAAUUAUUAAAAUGCUAUCAUUCUCUAAAUAUACAACAAAUACAAAUAAAAUUAUAUUGGAUACAUCAUAAAAUUCAAACAUGUGAGCAUAGUAAUGUAGUAGCCAAUAUGUUGGAUAAUUUUAAUAAGGAAAAAAAAAUAAUAAGUAAAUUAAAAGAAAUAAGAUUAAUAUUAAAUUAUGCAAAUGAUUUAUUGAGAGAAAAAUUUUCAAAUAAUAAAGCUAAAUAUCAAUCUUUAUUACAACAAUUUAUAGUUAUAUUAAAACAUCAUGAUAAUUUAUAUCAACAAAAAAAAGAAAAAAUAAUUAGUGAAAAUUAUAACAAUCAACAAAUUAUACAUUUUAUAUAUAAUAUUGAGAAACUAAUAGAAAAAAAUAUAAUGAAUGAAGAAUGCAAUCAAAGUAAUAUAAAUGAUUUUAUUUCAUCAGAUAAUAAAUUAAUCAACAAUAGUAAUGGUAACAAUAAUAAUAAUAAUAAAAUUGGCAAUAUCCCAAUCAAAAAUGUUAACAAUUUAGAACUUCAAAAAAAAUUAAUAAUACAAAAAAUGAAUGAACAUUUCAUGAAUAUCAAUGCAAGUGAAGAACAAAAGAUUAUUUUUUUAAAUAAAUUAAAUUUAAGUGAUGCACAAAAAAAAUAUAUAUUAAAUAAAAUGAAUUUAAAUGAACAAAAUACUAAUUUCUUAAAUCAUACAGAUAUAAAAAAUCAAGAGAAUAUUAAUUACUCAAAUGAAAAUUUACGAUUAGAAAAAUCAAAUUAUAAUAAUAAUUUAAAUUCAAACUAUUUUGAUAUGAAUGAUGAUGAUAAUCCCUCUCCUCUUUUAAGCAUUAUAAAUAAAUCUUAUGAUAAUAAAGUUAAUAGAGAGGUUGAUGAAGUAAACAAUGAUAAUCAAAAAAAUUUAGCAAAAAAAUAUCUUUUACUUGAUAUGUUAAAAAAUAAAAAUAAAAAUGAAUCAGAAAAUAAUGAUCAUUUAAAUGAAGAUUACAUUGGUAUGAAGCAUUUAUCAAGAAAAAUAGAUAAUUCUUUACAAACAAAUAAUUACAAUCUUCAAGAUGAAUUAGCACAAAAGCUAAAAAAUAUAGUGAACUUAUAUCAAAAAGAUCAACCACAUUCAAAUCAAAUUGAUCAAAUGAAUUAUUCAUAUCAAACUAAUCAGUUAGAACAAAUUACAUACCCUAGUCAUAUAAAUCAACAACCAGAACAAAGAAAUCAUUCUGAUCAAAUAUGCAAUCAACACGACCCAAUAAGCCACUCUGAUCAGUUAAAACAAGAACAGUUAAGUAAACAAUAUCAUUUUUCUUCACAACAAAAAGAUUUUAUAAAUUAUAGUAAUUUUAAUUCAUUGAAUAAGAAUGUUAAUAUAAAUGCUAAUAAUUUAAAUCAAAAUAGUUACUUUUCUCAGUCAAGAGAUGAUAGUAAGAAUAUAAAUGCAUAUUUAAGAAUAUUAAAUAAUGAAAAUAUGUUAGUUAAUCAAAAAAAUAGGAAUGAUAAUUCUAAUUCUAAGAUUUUGAGUAUAAGAAAUAUAAUAGAUGAACAAAAGGUUAUAGAUAAUAGUGAGAUACAUCAUGAUUAUUUAAUGAAUGAUCAAAAUAAAAAUUCAAAAUUUUAUUUUAUGAAUCAGAACGGCGAAAAUUCAAUAAAUAAUCAUCAUUCUCAGCCACUUCUCAAUAAAAUGCCAAAUAAGUAUAAAAUAAGUACUGGUAACAAACCUUUUAAUAAUACACCUGAGAAAAAACCUACAAGUAAUAUUUUAGAAAUAGAAGAAACAAAAAGGCCAGAUGCCUUAAGGGAUAAAUGUUGGCAGUAUGUUGAUCCUAAAGGAGUUGUACAAGGUCCCUUUUUUUUAGAUGAAAUGAGGGUUUGGAGUGAAAUGGGAUACUUUGAACCUAUGCUACCUGUACGAUGUUGUGAUUCUGAUCGUUUUGUUGCAUUAAAUAAGUUAUUUCCCCCACCUCAUAAACCUUUUACCAUUGUACCAAAGCCUCAGCCAAUAUUACAAUGGGAAGAAGAAAUAUUAUAA